UAUUCUUCUCUUUCUUUCUCUCUUUCUCUCUCCAUUUUCUUCUGUCUCAUACCAUCGACAUUGUUCUGCUCCUUCUUCUGUUUCUCCCUUUCCCUCUUCUCCGUUCCACUCAGCUCCAACUCCAAAAACUCUAUCCCAAACCCUACAACACCCUUCCAUUUUUCAAUUUUCCAUUUCUCCUCUCGAUUUCUUCCGCUCAGCUCCCAAUUCCUUCGAAUCGGUGGCCAAGAGGACCAAAUUUGAGAGGAGACGCGAUCGAUAACACGCACACCCCGACCUUCCAGAAUUUUCCCUCAUGGCGGCCUCCGCAACCACCAGCCAGGUCUAUGUCGACGUCAUCGAGGACGUCAUCGUCAAGGUUCGCGACGAGUUCGUCAACAAUGGCGGCCCCGGCGACGAAGUUCUCAAGGAGCUCCAAGCUAUGUGGGAAUCAAAGAUGAUGCAAGCUGGUGUUAUUGUUGGUCCCAUUGAGAGGUCCAAUGGAGCUAAGCCAACCCCUGGUGGUCCAAUUACUCCGGUUCAUGAUCUUAAUGUGCCUUAUGAGGGGAAUGAAGAGUAUGAAACUCCUACUGCUGAAAUGCUUUUCCCACCUACACCCCUGCAAACUCCUAUGCAAACCCCUUUGCCAGGAACUGCGGAUAAUUCUAUGUAUCACAUACCUACUGGACCUAGCGACUACUCUUCUUCUGGAAAUGAUACAGGAGGAAACACUGAUUUAAAAGGAGGACUACCAAGUCCAUACAUGCAGCAGCAGCCUCCUUCUCCUUGGAUGAACCAGAGGUCUUCACUUGAUGUUAAUGUUGCUUAUGUGGAAGGGCGGGAGGAUGCAAAUAGAAGAACUUCUAAUAAACCCUCAACGCAGGACUUCUUCAGGGCACCCACAGGGAAGCGAAAACGUGAUGAUUUGCCUUCACAAUAUAAUGCUGGUGGAUAUUUACCUCAGCAGGAUGGAGCUGGAGAUUCUGCAUCUGGACUUCUUGAAAUUGAGGUAUGUGGAAGGGGAAUCCCCAUUAAUGCACAUCAUACUACUACUAAAGAAAACAUGCUUGCCGAUGGAGAGUGGCCAGCUUGUAGGAUUCCUCAACUUGAUGGACCAAUUCCUUUUGAUGAUGAUGUGGUUUCUACUCCAAACAUAUAUAAUUAUGGAGGAGUGUUCAAUGAAGACUACAACGUUGCAAAUACGCCUGCUCCUCCUGAGGUACCGGCAAGCACUCCUGCACUUGUAGCUGAAAAUGAGGCAGUAAAUGAUGAUGACAACAACGACGAUGAUGAUGAACCGUUAAAUGAGAAUGAUGAUGAUGACGAUGAUGAUGAUUUGGAUGAUCUGGACCAAGGAGAGGAUCAAAAUACACAUCAUCUUGUUUUGGCCCAGUUUGACAAGGUGACACGUACCAAGAGCAGGUGGAAAUGUACAUUAAAGGAUGGCAUCAUGCACAUAAAUGAUAAGGACAUUCUCUUCAAUAAGGCGACAGGGGAAUUUGAUUUCUGAUUUUGUUGGAGUGCUUUAGGUUAUAAUAGGUGUCAGUUAGUGUUUCGUAAUCUUCCUUUGAUUAUUAAUUGCAAGCUUGAGGAGGAGAAUGGAGACAAUUGUUUUUGAUGUUGGCCUCUUGUACAUAAUGGAUGAGCAAUUUUUUUCCCCCUUUAAAGAUGAUUAGGUACUCAGCAUUUCCUGAAGUGCAAAUCUGGUUAUGUAUGUAGUUCCUUCUUCGGCUUUUGUAUAAAUAGAUAUUUUGGUUAAUUUCAGAAUUGCUUUGUAUGAUAAUAAUGGAAUUUAUGUAGGCCUGGUUCAAAGUUCAAACCAUGAUGUGUCUGGAUUCUAAACUUGCACAAGGCAUUGCUUGAUUGAACAACACAUGAACAAGAGCAUGUGAUGACUGUGUUCGGAAACUAUGAUUUUGGUCUAUUAUUAUUAAAGAACAAUAUGUAAUAAAA